AUGGGGCAGGAGAGGGUGAGGCUGUAUUCAUCACCAAAGAAAAAACUUACAACUGUGCAGAAAUCGGUUAGUCCAUUAGUUUGGUGCAGGCAAGUUUUGGAUUACCCAAGUCCUGAUGUUGAAUGUGCUAAAAAGUCUCUUAUCCACAAACUUGAUCAAACUAUGUCAGCUCUCAAGAGGCAGAAUUUGUAUAAUAAUCCUUUCAACUCUAUGAGUUACACAAGUCCUUACAGUCCAAAUGCCAGUAGCCCGUACAGCAGUGGCUUCAAUUCUCCGUCCUCAACCCCAGUGCGACCUCCUAUAGUCAAACAGCUUAUACUUCCUGGAAAUUCAGGUAACUUCAGAAGUUCAUCAGACAGAAACCCUCCACUCAGUCCUCAGUCCUCUAUAGACAGUGAGUUAAGUGCUUCAGAAUUAGAUGAAGAUUCAAUUGGAUCCAAUUAUAAGCUAAAUGAUGUAACCGAUGUACAGAUUCUGGCCCGGAUGCAAGAAGAAAGUCUUCGGCAAGAAUAUGCAGCCACCACAUCUCGGCGCAGUUCUGGUUCAUCUUGCAAUUCUACAAGACGGGGUACAUUUAGUGACCAGGAACUUGAUGCACAAAGCUUAGAUGAUGAAGACGACACUAUGCAUCAUGCGGUAUACCCUGCUGUUAACAGGUUUUCACCAUCACCACGAAAUUCACCUCGACCAUCACCUAAGCAAUCACCUAGAAAUUCACCUCGUUCACGAUCUCCAGCUCGGGGAAUAGAAUAUAGUAGAGUGUCUCCACAGCCUAUGAUUAGCCGCUUACAGCAACCUCGCCUUUCACUUCAAGGUCAUCCCACAGAUUUACAGACGAGCAAUAUUAAAAACGAAGAGAAACUAAGGCGCAGUCUUCCAAACCUGUCUCGAACAUCUAAUACACAAGUUGACUCAGUGAAAAGCAGCAGAAGUGAUUCAAAUUUUCAAGUGCCAAAUGGAGGAAUACCUCGUAUACAAUCUCAGGCUUCAGCCACUUCGCAAAGGCUGAAAAAUUUGCCUCGUACUUCCCUCAAAGCCAAACAGUUGCUUCAAACUCCAUCUACAAAAAGAGUACCUUCUCCAGGCAAAUUCCGCACCCCAGCAGCACCAUCUCCUUUGGCUCUUCGGCAACCAAUGAAAGCAUUUAGUAACCAUGGCUCUGGUUCUCCUGGCAGCCAAGAAACAACACAGUUCACACAAACCACCUCCUCUCCUGGGCCUCCCAUGGUUCAGAACACAGUCCCAACAAAUCCUCCCAGCAAUAUCAACAGCACUACUCUAACCAGACCUGCAGGGACAACUGCAAUGAGAAGUGGCUUGCCCAGACCCAGUGCCCCUUCUGCUGGGGGCAUCCCAGUGCCUCGCAGCAAACUUGCACAGCCUGUUCGCAGAUCCUUGCCAGCUCCUAAAACCUAUGGCAGCAUGAAAGAUGACAGUUGGAAAGAUGGCUGUUACUGACCAGCAGAGACAAGAAUGCAGAGGUCCACAGCUUCAUGGAUACCCCCUUCUCCAAGCUAAAAACAACUUUUAUAUAUGCA